AUGGCAUCCCAGGACAAACUCCAAUCCUUCCCCUCCAAGCCGCGCGUAUUCAUCCUCAGCGACAUCUCCAACGAACCCGACGAUGCAGAGUCUCUAGUCCGCUAUCUGCUCUACUCCAACCAGUUCCGCACCGAAGGCCUGGUAGCAUGUACAUCAACAUGGAUGAAAAACAAAGUCUGUCCGCAGGACAUGCACAAGAUCGUGGACGGCUACGAGAAAGUAGUAGACAACCUGAAUGCGCACGCGCAUCCAGACGAUCCAUACCCAACACCUGAAUCCCUACGAUCUCUGAUCAAAAAGGGCGCAGAGAGCUACGGCAUGACAGCCGUAGGCGACACCAUACCCCUAAGCGAAGGCGCAGAAGCCCUACUAGACCGCAUCGAAGCCCCAGACGCAGCGACACAGAACAACCCGCUCUGGAUCCUCUGCUGGGGCGGCACGAACGUCCUAGCCUCGGCACUACUAAAGCUAAGCAAGACGCACACGCCAGAAGAAGCAGCAAGACUGCGGUCCAAGCUGCGCGUGUAUGCCAUCUCCGACCAAGACGACACAGGCCUCUGGAUCAGAACCACAUACCCGGAUCUAUUCUACAUCUGUUCCGUGCACGGCUGGAACCAGUACGGAAAUGCGACUUGGGCGGGCAUUUCCGGUGAUGCGUGGUAUGGGUUUGAUCGGGGCGGUCCUGAUCCGAGCAUGAUCAGUGCGGAGUGGAUUAAGGACAAUAUUCAGAUCGGGCCGUUUGGGGUGACGUAUCCUGAUUUUAUGUUUAUUCCUGAGGGGGAUACGCCUACUUUUUUGUAUCUUGUUCAGAAUGGACUUGGGGUGGCUGAGCGGCCUGGGUUUGGGGGUUGGGGUGGGAGGUAUGUUUCUACGCGUGGGGAUGAGGGGGAGGUCAAUGGGCAUUAUAGUGAUACGGCGGAUGAGGUCGUUGGGCUUGAUGGGAGGAGCUACAAGUCCAAUCAUGCGACUAUUUGGCGCUGGAGGGAGGCGUUCCAGGUUGAUUUUGCGGCUAGGAUGCAGUGGUCUCUAUCUUCUGAUUUGAAGACUGCGAAUCAUCAUCCUGUGGCGAUUGUCAAUGGAACGACUGGCCCGGCACCGUUGGAACUGGAUGUCGAGGCCGGGGGUGUGGUAAGGCUUGAUGCUUCGGCUUCUUAUGAUCCAGACCCGACGGAUUCGCUCACGUUCAGGUGGUAUCAGUAUAAGGACCCGAGUGCGACUCAGUGGGCUGUGCAGUAUGAGGUUGGAGAACUCAGAAUUGAGACUUUGAAUGAGGAUGGUAGUGUUGUGGAGGUUCAGGUGCCUCCGGCUGACAAGUGUUGCGUUGAAUUGAUUAGUCGUCGGGCUAUUGCUAAGGGACAGUUGCUUCAUUUGAUUUUGGAGGUGAAGGACAACGGGGUUCCUGCUUUGACUACUUAUCGGCGGGUUGUUAUUCAGGCUACGAAUGAGAAAUUGUUAGGCGGUGGUGGGGGUGCUGAGGCUAUUGGUGAUGUUAUGAAGGAUGUGAAGCAAUGA